GUUGACCGGAAGCGGCUGAGGUUCUGAACCGCGGUUUAAUAAUAGUUGUUAGGAAGGAUUUCAGUGUUCUGCCUGAGGCAGGUCGAGGUGAUGCAGCGUUGGAGAGAGUGAGAGUUGGGGAAUUCUGUGUGGUUUCUUGGAGUCUCUGUGGAGCCCUGGGACCAGACUCCAUAGCGAAGGGUGCAGGAUUUUCCUUCCCACCCCAGCAGCUCUGGUUGAGUCUAUGGACCUCACCUGGCCUUAGGCUCCUGGGAAGAGCAGAGUUGUGAGCAAGAGAGCCCGAGAGCUCAGGCCCAGCGGGAACAUGCCAGCCAACCAGAGCUCUCCACGAUGGUCUCUGGCCCUGGCUGCAGGAGGAAGACGUGACAACUCCUGUGAGGUCUCGGUGUCAUUCGAGGAUGUGACUGUGGACUUCAGCAGGGAGGAGUGGCAGCAACUGGACUCUAAUCAGAGACGCCUGUACCAGGAGGUGACGCUGGAGAACUACAGCCACCUGCUCUCCGUGGGGUAUGAAGUUCCCAAACCAGAGUUCAUCUUCAAGUUGGAGCAAGGAGAGGAGCCAUGGAUAUUGGAAGGAGAAACCCCACAUCAAAGCUGUUUGGAUGGGAAGUUUGGGAUUAAGAUAUCACAAAAAAGAAUAUCUGGGAAAGCUUCAUUUCAUAGUGAAAUAGAGGUUGAAGAUACAAGAGAUGAUUCAUUGUAUUCCAUUUUAGAAGAACUGUGGCAAGAUGCCGAACAGAUAAAAAGAUAUCAGGAAAAACAGAACAAACCUCUAAGUCAUGCUGCAUUCGUCAAUAAGAAAAUACUGAGUAUGGAGUGGGAUUAUGACUAUAAAGACAAUGGAAAAUUUGUUCAGCCACACCCGAAUUAUAUUAUUCCUUCACAGAAAAGAUCCCAUAAGUGGGACUCCUUUGGAAAGAAUUUUAAGCAUGAUUUAGACUUACAUAUUCAUAGUAAAAACAAUGCAACAAAGAACUUUGAUAAAAUUAUUCGACACAGUCAAGUUUUCACCCCACGUUCUUAUGCUAACCAUGAAAAUACGCAUAUAGGAGUGAAAUUCUGUGAAAGUAAUCAGUGUGGAAAAGUCCUCAGCCUCAGUCACAAUAUGAAAUUUCCUGUUGUGGAGAAAGCAAAUAUGUGUACUGAAUUUGGGAAGAUCUUCACACAGAAGUCACACCUCUUUGCAUCUCAAAGAAUUCAUACUAUGGAAAAACCUCAUGAACCUAGCAAAUGUGUAAAUGUUUCUACACAGAAGCCACUCCUUAGUAUAUAUCUGAGAGUUCAUAGAGAUGAAAAACUAUAUAUAUGUACUGAAUGUGGAAAGGUGUUCAUCAAGAAUUCAGAUUUAAUUAUGCAUGAGAAAACUCAUACUAGAGAAAAACCCUAUAAAUGCAGUGAAUGUGGAAAAUCAUUUCUCCAGGUGUCAUCUCUACUUAGGCAUCAGACAACUCAUACUGGAGAAAAACUCUAUGAAUGCAGUGAAUGUGGGAAAGGCUUCUCCCUGAACUCAGCCCUCAAUGUACAUCAGAAAAUCCAUACUGGAGAGAGACACCACAAAUGCAAUGAGUGUGGGAAAGCCUUUACCCAAAAAUCAACACUCAGGAUGCAUCAGAGAAUUCAUACAGGAGAGAGAUCCUAUAUAUGUACUGAAUGUGGGCAGGCCUUCAUCCAGAAGGCACACUUGAUAGCACAUCAAAGAAUUCAUACUGGGGAGAAGCCUUAUGAAUGCAGUGACUGUGGGAAAUCAUUCCCUUCUAAGUCACAACUCCAGAUGCAUAAGCGAAUUCACACAGGGGAAAAACCCUAUAUAUGCACUGAAUGUGGGAAGGCCUUCACCAACAGGUCAAAUCUCAAUACUCACCAGAAAUCUCAUACUGGAGAGAAGUCUUAUAUAUGUGCAGAAUGUGGAAAAGCCUUCACCGACAGGUCCAAUUUCAAUAAGCACCAGACAAUUCAUACUGGAGAGAAACCCUAUGUUUGUGCCAAUUGCGGGAGGGCCUUCAUCCAGAAGUCAGAGUUAAUUACACAUCAGAGAAUUCAUACUACAGAGAAGCCUUACAAAUGUCCUGACUGUGAGAAAUCCUUCUCCAAGAAACCACAUCUCAAAGUACAUCAACGAAUUCACACAGGAGAGAAACCAUAUAUAUGUGCAGAAUGUGGGAAAGCCUUCACUGACAGGUCAAAUUUCAAUAAACACCAGACAAUUCAUACUGGAGAUAAACCCUAUAAAUGCUGUGACUGUGGAAAGGGCUUUACUCAGAAAUCAGUUCUAAGUAUGCAUCGCAAUAUUCAUACAUGAAAGUAACCCUGUUUCUUGAAAGUGAGAAAGCCGUGUAACAGAAGUCAGGUCUAAGUGUAGAUCAUAAAAUUCAUUCAAACCAGAUCCCAUUUGAGUACAUUGCAUAAUAAAAAGCAUUUGUCAGGGUCUCUCAGCUGAGAUGAGAAAAAUUAUUUAGAAGAGACCCUCUAAGAAUGCAUUGAAUUAAGGAGAAUUUCCAUAUUUGCACGGCCUCACAAAAUACAGUAGAAUUCAUACUAGGAAAAAUGCUGUAAGUUUGAUGCAUUAAGAAAAAAGCCUUCCUAUUAUAAAGAAAGUAUUAUAAGGCAAAUUGUUACCAAAUUCUUUAUAGAUGGAGUAUGCAAAAUUACGUAAUGACAGUCAUGUUUACCGUGUUAUAUUAAACAAUUUAAAGUGACAACACAAUGAAAGGUAGGACAACAAAAUAAUAUAUUUAAUGUGUAAACCUCCCCUAAGUUCUGUAGGGUUUUUGUAGCAGAACACUUUGUACAACAGGAGGAAUAAUUGAAGUUCAUUUAUUGAAUUUAAUAUAAUUGUGUCUAUCAAGUAUGUUUCCUAUUGAAUAUUUCUUUCACAUGAACCCACAGUAUUAAAGUCAUUAUGGUUUUAUAUAUACACACAUCUUCAGAUAUAAUUUUACAUGAACACAGAAAUACAAUCUUAUCAUUCAUACCGAUUUCCAUGACAUCGUAUUUUUAUCUUCUUUUAUUGUGGUACAAUGCAGAAUAGCCAUAGACCUCUUUUGUCCUUUUAUGUGUGCUCCUUUGUAAUGUUACUCUGUUGUUUCUCUUGUUGUGAGGUAGAGCCCUCUCUCUACUCCUUGACUCUGACUGAACCUGGCCAUGUGACUUACUUUGGCCACUGUACAUUAACAAAGAGAUUCAAGAAGAGGCUGGAGAAGUGUGAAAAGCCUACCUUGAGGCUUAUCCUCUCUUGCUGCUGAGAUCUUCAUGUGAAGAAGCUCAGAUUACUCUACUGGGGGAUGAGAAACCAGAUGGAGCAGAGAUGAGCCAGCCCAGCUGAGGCCCCCAUAGGCCAACUGCCAGACCUGGGAGUGAGGCCUUUCUUGACCUCCAGCCCCAGCCAAGCCAGCUUAUACCAGAAGAGCCAUAACAGUUAUCCCAACCAAGAAUUGUGAGAUAAAUAAAAUAAUUAUUGUUUUAAAAUGCUAAGUUUUGGGGUACUUUGUUGCACAGCAAAUGGUAAUGGUACCUAAACGUGUAUAUGGGAGUGGGUAUUGUAACAAAACAUAAGACAUGGCAUUGGCUUUGGGCUCGGGCUGCAGGUGGUGGAGACUGGAAAACCAGUGUGAAAAACUUCAGAAAGGCUGGAAAAGAUGGCACCCCAUGUUAAUUUAGUAAGGAAAAAAAUAGCAAAACAAUCACCACGCUCUGUAGGAAAAUGGAGAAUGUACCAAAUGAACUUGUGGAUUUAUCUAAGGAGAUUUCCAACAGAGUGUUGGAAGUAUCAGUUUGCUUCUAUUAUCUGCAUGUGAUAAGGUACAGAAAGAGAGAUAUGACUUAUGAGAAUAACUGUUCCGUUUCCAAGCAGAAUUCAGAGGAAAUACAAAAAAGCCAAGACUUGGCUGUGUUGGAAAAUAACUGUUUCACAUCUCCAUUCUCUUCAGCCAUCAAAAUAUUCUCAAGGUGAAAAAUGGCCUCAGGGUAGAGAUCAAGUCAUGAGUGUGGCUGUAAGGACCGUUUGUUAAAAUGUUGAAAUAUUUAAGCUGGCAUUUGGGAGACCCCCUCAGCUAAGCUAAAUGGCUUCUAAAAACUUCGUGACAUUGUCCCUAGUGGCCUGACAACACUGAUCAAAGUAGAGAGGGGCCUAUCUUAAGAAUUGUCAAUGUGGCAUUUGAGGCAUGGAGUAAAUACAAACCAGAGUAAUAGAAAACCUAUAAAGUUUUUAAUAGAGUUUUACUAGUGAAACUACCUCCUGGUUGGACUUAAAGUGACUGAAACAGUCCAGAAUGAAAAGAGGCCUCUGGAUUCCCUUCUCUAACUACUGUGAACAGGAAGCAAGCUGAGAAAGUUACUCAGCUGCAAACAUGGGCCAUUUCUUAUGGGAAACGAAGAACUUCUCAGAGAGAAGACCCAAGAACAAAAUAUUAAAAUGGACCAGGGAGCCAUUCCCAGGUAGAAAUGUGACCUAAUCAAGAAACAUAAUCUGCUCCUGGAGCAGGGAGACCUGGCAUUUGUUCUGUGGGAUUUCGGAAUUACUAUGGAAUGGUAACUGAUAUGUGCCUCUUCUUUCUCCCCCUUUUUAAUUGGAGUAUCGAUUGUUAUCCUGUCCCUAUGUCACCAUUGUGUGUGUGUGUGUGUGUGUGUGUGUAUUGGUAGGUAGGUUGGGUCAUAUAACUUGUCGUUUAGCUCGCAGAUCUCUGGAUGAAGAAACUGAGAAGCUGCACCCAAGGAGCCUCAGCCACAUCUGAACCUGAUACAGAAGACUUAAUGUCCUAGUUCUUGAGUUUUGUGACAAGGAGGUCAUUGUUGACUUUGGCAAGUGUUAGUUCAGAAAUGAACUUAACUAAAGAAAACAACUGAGCAAACCUGAAGGGAUUUCUGAACUCAGGUAAUGUUACUUCACCAUGGAACUUUUCCAAUAGAAAAAAAUAUUAUCAUUGUGCUGUAUUGCUCUAUUGUUGUCUGGGUUAUACUGAGAAAUGCAUUUUCAAUAAUCCUGUUUGACUCCAGGUUAGAGUUGGCCAAAAGUAGGAAUUGCAUGAGAUUUGGGAGGUGAAAGUGAAGGAGCAACCAUUAUUUUAAAAGUUUGAGAUUAGAUUCAGUGGAGAACAGGCACAGAGGUACCCAGAAGGUUUUAAUUCUUCCUCACUCUCUUCCACUCUAUUGUCAGCCUUUCUUCACAUCUCUCAGCCCUGAUGACCAACAGCCCAGGCCCAGCACCAGAUGCUUGGCUGGAGGCCCACAAAGGCAACUGCUUUUCAUAGACUUCUCCGUCAGCUCCCCCUUCACAAUCUCACUUCAGCAGCUGGAUGUGCCUGGCUUCUCAAAUUUUCCUGCAAGCUGUGACUUAUCCACCCAUGACAAUGUUUCAGAAGGUAUGGUUUAGUGAUUUCUCUAAUCUCCCAACUCCCACUUCCAUACCUUUACUUCCUCAGCUACUCAUACAAUUGUGCAUGGUCUAAUUCAUUAAAAAUUCCUUGUUCCAUAGUAUGCAUAGUGAAUCCGCUCCCCUGAUUGAACCCUGAUUGUUGAAGUUCCACUUUCUUCUCGAGAACUUAGUAAACAAUGAUCUUCUAAAACUGAGUGAUGCCAUUAGUGAAGUCUUAGACUAACUUGCUCUCUCUUUUUUCUCUUGUACCUUUCUGCCAUAUGAUUUUUUUUUUUUUAAUGCUUGAAGUUUAGGAGCUUUAGAAGCAUAUUCCUUGGUCUUGAUUUUAGUGAAUUUAUUUUACUUGAGUUAUAGUAAGCUGUUCCAAUCAUGGUUCAACCGUUUUAUUUCAGGGAAGUUUUAUUUUGCUUAACAUUUUUUUCUGAUCCAUUUAUUUUCCUCUUCAGGGACAUAAAUUGUGCGUAUGUAAUGUGUCUUUGUCAUCUUCUCCAUCCAUUUCAUACCACCACUCGACAUUUAUUUCAUAUCAUUAUUCCUUUUGGUUGUGUGUGAUUGAUUGUAGCCUCCUGUUCAGAGAAAAUUCUCCACAAAUCUCUCAUGUUUCUUAUUGUCUAGACAUUAACAGCCAAUGUGCUCAGAUUUAUUUACAUUCCAGAAUAAUAAAGGUAGAAAAUAUCUCCUUCCCUGGAGACAUUCCCAGAGAAGAUUUCCUUACAUUCUCGGGCAAUAAAGAUAAUGUCUCUUUCUCUGAAGAGGGGACGGGCAAUAAAACAAUGUAACAAUAUUGCAUUUUCCCCACAUUUUAAUUAUGUAAAUUUUCAGUCAUGUAGAAAUAUCGAAAGAACAGUACAAUGAACCCAUAUAACUUUCAUCUAGAUUCAACAAUGUAAUUUUUUUCCUGAAAAUUCAUGGUAAGUUAUAGACAUUGUAACAGUACACUCAUAAAUACUUGAGUAUUCAUCUCCUAAAAGUAAGGACAUUCUCCCACAUAACUGGAUUAUCAUUAUCAAACUAAUUCUAUGAUAUCUCAUAUCCAGUCCAUUUUCUUCCUUUCUUUAUUGAUUAUAUUUCCCUUUACCUUUUUCACCCAUCCCCUACCUCCUCCAGUCCAUUUUCAAAUUUCUCCCAUCUUCCCCAAAAUAUAGUUUACAGCUUUAUUGAGGUAUAAUUAGCAGAUAGUCAAAGGAACUUGUUUAAAGUGUACAUUUGAUAAGUUUUGAUAUAAGUGUGCACCUUUAAGACCAUCACUACAAAAAUAUAAUGAACAUUUAAAAAAUUUAUCUGUUACCUUGAAAAGUUUCCUUAUGCCCCUUUGUCAUCCAGCCCUCAGUCCCCAUACCCUUCCGCCCCAUCUACAGGAAACCACUGAUCUGUUUUGUGUAGUUUACAUUUUCUACAAUUUUAUAUAAAUGGAAUCAUACCAUAGGUAUUCUUGUUUUGUUUGGAUUCUGUCAUUCAGCAUAGUCAUUUUGUGAUUCAUUUGUGUUGUUACAUGUAUCUAUAUUCCUUUUUAUUGCUAGGUGGUAUUUCAUUGUAUAGAUAUACCAAAUUUGUUGAUCUAUUCAUGUGUUGAUAAAAAUCUGUGUUGUUUCUAC